AUGGAUAAAUUUACAAUCAUCGGUUUGUUAAUAAUUAUAUCAGGAUCAGUCACUAAAGGCAAUGAGCACUUGGGCACAGAUUGCAAUCCGAAUAAACCUCGUCCCACACUCAAUGCCCCGACCGGUAAACUCGCCAUUAAUAUCGCGCCCCACAAACUGGCCGGUCAUACAUGCGAGUGGCUCAUCAACGGGACCGGCGCGUGGGUACCGGCUAUAAUACACAUGGACAUUCAAGCAAUGACAUUGAAUAGUAGAGAUUUGCUCAGGGUCACUACUCGGGAUGGUAAAUCUGUGCUCUACGAACACUACGGUCAAUUGGAGCCAGGUGUAAUUCUAUUACCUACCGGGCAUAAAGUGGUGAGGGUAACCUUGACCUUGUCAUCUGACCCCUGGGACCGCAAAUGGGACGUUGACUACAAUACUAAGGACCUGAGGGCACAACUGACCCGUAUUGACAGUCCGGGUCGGUAUGUGUUUCCAUACUCGCACCGGGAUAUGAAGUUUCCGUCCACUGGCCUUGACUUUGAUCUAGUUUUUGAGAGCAGACACACGCAGUUAAAGUUGUUGAUGAGUAUGGAACCUGGUGGUUUAAAAAGUGGUACAAUCAGAUUCUAUAAGGUUGAGAAGUAUGGAAUGGAACAGUUGUUUGAUGGCAACACUACUCGACCGGAGUUUUUGCUGUCGACGGGUCAACAGAUUGUGGCUAUGAUUAGAGGCUAUAGAUGCGAGUCGUCGAGUAGUGCAAACAUCAGGUUUAUGUACGAAGUAGUGGACUCGCAGUGCAGUCAAUACAAACAGAUAACCGAGGCCGAAAAUGGCACCACGAUACUCCUGCCCAAUAACCAAGCGUUGCAAACAUUACACCAGUAUAAAUGUGUCAACAUCUAUGAGCACCAUGAUGUAUCGGCCAGAUUUGAGCUACAAUUAGAUCAAUUUAAGGCGUUUAUAAACAGCGCCGACAUUAUGACCGUAUCGGACGGUCUGUCCCAACAGUGCCCUCCGCUCGCAGUCAUUGAGCGACAAUUGCUGGACACGUAUUGGCGCACAAAGUAUUUGCAAUCGACAGCAAACACCAUAACUGUAACGUAUGAGUCGAGACGUGUGGUCAACACUACUCGUAGCGAUAAUAAUUUAAUUGGCAUAGAAACGGUAUAUCACGGAUUUAACUACAGAUUUCCGGCUUAUGAAGACACCUAUAAUUUACGGUUAAAUCUGAACACAACAACACAUAUACAGUCAACUCCCGUUAUAUACACGUUUGAGUCCGACAAUGAGCACCAAUUAGUGUUGGAGCUAAACGCUUCGGUAAUAUUACCUGGCUCAUCCGACCAGCCCCUAUUUAUCGUCUACGAUAACGUGGAUAGAGAUAUGUUGGUCUCAUGA